GGUGUGAGUAUAUUUGGACCGUUUAGGCCCCACACAAGAUGGUGAAUGUACAUAAAGGUAUAUUGGUCAAGUGCACCUUUUUCUCCGCAGCGACCCAGCCAUGAAACAUUUUCUUCUUCACUUAGCGGAGACUUUAGUUCUAGGCACAAAUUUUGUGCACACUGAUCUGGAUGAUUACCAUCUGUUCAUCGACGCGGAUAUCCUUGGGAAAUUGCAAGAGCGGGUGGACAAUCUGAUGGAGAGUCUAUCCUUCCCUAUCACAGCUGACACCGAUUGAUUUUAGCCUUCAUUAUGCCUUCAAAAAUAUACUUUCAUGAUAAUGAGUUAUCCCUUUUACUGCUCAUCCGAAAUCCAAACUUGUUAACGCGAUGUGUAUUACACAAUCAUGCACAAUAUUUGAAGCUUGUCAUCUAGGCUCCAAGCCUUCUGCCUGUUUUCUUUUCCUGUCGGU